AUGACUGGUCAUGAAGAAAAAUCCAAUGAGGUUAAUCGAGUGGUUCAAGGAUAUGUGAAGUUUGGAGACGGCUCAAAGACCAAUCUCAUAAAGAAAAAGCUAAGCUUAGAAAAUGAGGGAAUACCCGUUGAUCUAUUGGUGUUGGAAUCUAAGGGCAACAUUAAUGGUUUUGCAAUAGAUGGGGAUUUUGAUGUUAAAACUGAUAAAGAUGAAGUGAAUCUCGACAAUGGAACCACUAUCGAUCCUCUUAUAUUGAUAAAGAGUAAUGGCAUUGCUCAGGAUGUUAAUGGCCAUAUUGGCAAAAACACUUGGUAA